AUGGUUCGAAUUCUAUACAUUCUCAGUUCCAGUCUAGCCAUGGUCAACUUUGCCUUUUAUCGUUCCAGAGAAACUUUUGCUCAUGUGGGUAAUCAGGAGAGUAAAUGUCAAAGAGUGUGUGAUUUGCUGAAUGGACUCGUCACACCAAAGGAGAUUUCAAGAAUAGUUGGAAUGUCCAUAAAGACUGUUUAUAAUGUAAAGAAUAGAAUGGCUAUGAGCAAAACUAUUACGAGGAAGUCUGGAAGUGGAGGAAUCAACAAAAAACGUACCAAAGCUUUUAUUAAAGCUCUCAAAUCCAAAAUCCUAAAGGAUCCAGCCAAAUCCAUGAGAAAAAUGGCAAUUGAACUUGAGGUAGACAACAAGACUAUUAGAAAUGCAGUAAAAUAUGAUUUGAGGUUAAAAUCUAACACAAGAACACGAAAACACUUGUUGACAACAACUAUGAAGGAAAAGAGAUUGGAAAGGUGCAAAAAAAUUAGUACAUGGUUCAAGAAAAAGUCCUCUAUUGUAACGCUCUUUUCAGAUGAAAAGAUCUUCACUGUCGAUGCUGUUCUGAACCGCAGAAAUGACAGAUUUAUCGCAAAAUCGACAGCUGAGGUUAGGGGGACAUUCAAAACAAAACAUCCUGCUCAAGUUAUGGCUUUUGGUGUUGUGGCUUCCGGUGGAAAGAAAAUGCCUAUAAAAUUUUACAAAGCUGAUGAAAAGAUCAAUGUUAACACUUACUACAAGACUCUGAGAUACCAGACAUCGAAACGAGAUGGGAUUCCUCGCUAUGUUAGACAUUAA